AUGCCGCCAUAUUUAUUACUAUCGCUAUUUUUAACCAGUCGUCUCCUAGUCAACGCUACAAAUAUCCCUCCAGUGGAAGAUUAUGAUGUCCUACAAUACAUCAAUCCCUUGAUUGGCAGUGCUAACGGAGGAAAUGUCUUCCCAGGUGCCUCCCUGCCAUACGGCAUGGCGAAAGCCGUUGCCGACACAGACUCAGAAAGCAACCAAGGAGGUUUCGCCCACGAGGGCGGCAGCGUCACCGGAUUCUCCAGCAUGCACGACUCUGGCACUGGAGGCAGUCCUUCGUUAGGCAAUUUCCCACUCUUUCCCUAUGCAAAAUGUGCCGGCGACGAUGUGAAUGGCUGUAUUUACCCAAAGAACCAACGAAAGAUAAAGUACAAGUCCGACUCGGUUCAGGCGCACCCCGGAUACUUUGCUAUAGAGCUGGCAUCGGGGGUCCGGGUUGAUAUGACAACUGCGCAUCAUACAUCCUUGUUUCGCUUCCAGUUCCCAAAUGAUAAAAGCACCAGCCCAUUGAUCUUGCUGGAUCUCACCGAUCUAUCGAACUCCCGUCAGGACAAUGCGACUAUCUCGGUGGAUAGCAAAACGGGCCGAAUGACCGGUGAUGCGCGCUUCGCUCCUAGCUUUGGAUCGGGAUCGUAUGUCUUGCAUUUCUGUGCGGACUUCGCAAGCCCUGCAGCACAGCGAGAUAGUGGUAUCUUUGUCAAUUCUCGUGCUAGUGCUGGUGUUCAUGAUUUGAAAAUAUCGCGCAGUAUCAAUGGGUACCCGCUUCCAGGUGGUGGAUUUGUCCGCUUCAAGCCUUCCCAGGACAAUACGGUCCUCGCUCGAGUUGGCGUCAGCUUCAUGAGCACAGAGCAAGCUUGCGUUCACGCCGAAACUGAGAUUCCACACUUUGACUUCAAUGCAACCCGCCAGGUAUCAAUCGACCAAUGGACCGAAAAGAUGCGUCCGAUCCGUGUCUCACGAACAAACAUCGAUGCGUCCGUUCUGUCCAAUUUCUACAGUGGAAUAUAUAGGACUAUGAUCAACCCUCAGAACUACACAGGCGAGAACCCGCUCUGGCAGAGCAGCGAGCCUUACUUCGAUUCGUUCUAUUGUCUUUGGGAUUCUUUCCGUUCCCAGAUCCCAUUCCUCACGAUCUUCGAUCCUUCCUCGGUAAUUCAGAUGGUGCGCUCACUUAUCGAUACCCAGCGCCAUCUAGGCUGGCUACCGGACUGCCGCAUGUCACUGUGCAAAGGACAUACACAGGGCGGUUCCAACGCCGACAACGUCCUAGCAGAUGUCUACCUGAAAGGCCUUAGAGGGGGUAUUGAUUGGGAUGCCGGGUACGCAGCUGUGCAAAAGGACGCCGAGGAGGAGCCAUACGACUGGUCCAGCGAAGGCCGCGGCGGUCUACGCAGCUGGAAGGAUCUACACUAUAUACCCGUGGAAGACUUCGACUACGAGGGUUUCGGCACAAUGACGCGCAGUGUCUCACGCACACUCGAGUACUCGUACAACGACUUCGCCAUAGCCCAAAUGGCUCGCCGCAUGAACAAAACGGCUGAUGCAGAGCGGUACGAGAGAAGAUCCCGAUACUGGCAAAACCUAUUCAAGAAAGACCAAACUUCUCUCUUGAAAGGAAAAGACACUAGCUUCACCGGUUUCUUCCAGCCCAAACAUCUGAAUGGAACAUGGGGUGUCCAAGAUCCCCUCGCAUGCUCGAACAUCGAUCAGAGUGGACACGCCUGCUCACUGCAGAACACCGCAGGUGAAACAUUCGAAUCCAGCAUCUGGGAGUAUCAAUUCUUCGUUCCCCACGACAUGCAAACCCUAAUAACCCUCCUCAACGGCCCCACCGAAUUUGUCACCCGCCUCGACUACCUCCAUGACCAAAACAUAACCUACAUAGGCAACGAGCCCGCCUUCCUAACAGUCUUCCAAUACCACUACGCCGGCCGUCCAGCAAAAUCCACCUCCCGCGUGCGCGCCUAUAUCCCCGACUACUUCUCUCCCACUCCAGCCGGACUACCAGGCAACGACGACUCAGGCGCAAUGGGCUCAUUCGUCGCCAUGGCGAUGAUGGGAUUAUUCCCGAACCCAGGACAGGACGUGUACUUACUCACAGUACCGUUCUUCGAAACCGUUAGUAUUGUUUCACCGCUGACGGGGAAAACGGCAACGGUGAGGACGACUAACUGGGCUGAGUAUAACACACCCAAUGCUACUGGUGCUGCUGCUGGUGGAAAUGGGUUUAUUCGGUCUGCUACGCUGGAUGGGAAGCCUUGGACGAGGAAUUGGAUUGGACAUGAUUUCUUUACCGAGGGCAGGGAGUUGGUUCUUGUUCUUGGGAAGGAGGAGGGUGAUUGGGGAACUAAGGUCGAGGAUUUGCCUCCUUCUUUGGCGCCAGAGACUGGGGGUGUUCGUGGUGAUGGGGCUGUGAGGGACCGUAGGUGGGAGAGUGUUGUUGAGAGUGGGCAGAUUGGUGCUGUUUCUGGCGCAUCGAAGCAUGCUUUGCAUCUUGAUCAUCAUAUCCGUAGGGUUGGAGAUGGUCAUGUGGAUACAGGGAGCUUGGGUUGA